AUGUCUUCCAAGAGCUCUGGUUUGCAGUUCCAGCUGCCGUUGUAUCAAUUACAGCAUAAUUUGGUGUUUUUACCGGGAAUCACAUAUCGAGUCCUUGUUGAUAAACAACUAGCUAGCGAGCUGGCAAAGAGAUGGCUUGCAGAGUCCAACACAGACGCCAUUUCUGCGCUUAGCGCGCAGUUCAACGUGGCCACCCGCCGGAUCGUGGCGUGUAUGCCCGGAGUGGACAAGGCGGAAACCUGCACGGUCUGUGUGGUGACUGGGUUCUACCAGAUGACCGAAUCUACAUUAAUCAGCUUCAAGGCCUUAACGCGAGGCAGAGUCGUCCAGGUCGAGAACCAAAAGGUUCAUGUUGACCUGGAGCUGACCAAUCACCAGGAAAUCGCCGACAUGUCGCAGUUUGAGCGGCUAUUCACAAACGUUGACGGGUUUCUAGCCGAGUACAAAAAUGGAGCCUCUGACGGAGACUCAAACGCGAAAUCGAUUUUAUUGCGGCUAUUGCCGUUGGCCACGCUGCUCUACAACCAGCUCUCUGCGUCUGACGUUUCCAGCGGUCUCGCGAACCUGAAGAAAGUGUAUGCCCGCAAAACAGGCAACUUCGGCCACUACAACGACGUCCUGGUGGCCCUGUUCCCGUUCCCGGUAAGUUUGAAGCUGGAGUAUUUGCAAAGCGUACAGGAAGACCGCGUCGGUGUUCUGCUCAAGGCCCUCGACUUUGCAAACAGAGUGUUUGAAGAACAGCUCAAUGUGGACUAUCUGAACGAAAUAUGGUCUGAUCUGGAUCUCAAGAACGGCAAGUCCCACGGCAACCUUGCGCGGUCGCAAUUCAUAUCGAGCCACCUGAAAAACCUGCGUGCGUUGGUGGAACAGAUUGGGUUGGCCAAACCGUCGGCUCGCAGGGCCCAGGACGAAGAGGACGACGACUUGAAACCGUUCCAGCAGUUCAUCGAGUCGAUCGACCAUUUCGCAAUCAACGACGACGGAAAACGGCUCAUCACAAAGGACUUCCAGCGCUUGAAACAGAUGCAAUCCAGCUCGUCGGAGUACCAGGUUCUAAGAACGUACCUAGAGGUGGUGAUGGACAUGCCGUGGCAAAGAGACGAUACCGAGAUCAGUUUCCAAGACAUGGACCUUUCCAAGGCCAAACAGCAAUUGGACGCCGACCAUUACGGCAUGGAGAGCGCAAAGGAGCGUAUUCUCGAGUAUCUGGCUGUUCUGAACCUGCACAACCGCAACGUUUCCAAAGCGGAGCCGGAGUUUAUUUCUGACGACGUUGCUACCAAACCUGUGCAACCAUCUUUGAAAGCACCGAUUCUCCUGCUAACAGGACCACCCGGCGUGGGGAAAACGUCUCUUGCCAAGUCGAUCGCAGGCACGCUUGGCCGCAAGUUCCAGCGCAUAAGCGUGGGCGGUCUGAACAACUAUGCUGACUUGAAAGGACAUCGUCGAACCUACGUCGGGGCAAUUCCAGGUUUGGUCAUCCAGGCGCUCAGACGCAGCCAGUCGAUGAACCCGGUGAUUCUCCUGGAUGAGGUCGACAAGCUCGGGUCCAACUCGCGCAAGAGCGAUUCCGAAUCUGCUCUGUUAGAGAUUCUCGACCCGGAGCAAAACACCAGCUUCCAGGACCAUUAUCUUGGAUUCCCCGUGGACUUGUCGCAGGUGCUGUUUGUGUGCACGGCGAACGAUUUAUGGGAGCUGAGCGACCCUUUGCGCGACCGUAUGGAGGUGAUCGAGCUGGCAGGGUACACUUACCGGGAAAAAGUGGAGAUUUGCAAGAAAUACAUCAUUCCUCGUCAGAUCGAGAGAGCCGGCUUGCCCAACGACUCUGUGCGUCUGGAUGACGCGGCUAUCCUCAAGAUUGCUACCGGAUACACAAGAGAGGCCGGUAUCCGGAACCUGGAGCGGUUGAUUGGUGCCAUUUGUCGGGGCAAGGCCAUUGAGUCGCAGCUGGGCGAGUACUCGCACACUGUGGCCGUGCACGACCUUGCAAAAUACCUGGGCGUUCCUACCCAUCUGCGCAACACGUCGCUGGAGGAGACCAAGCUUCAGAACGAGUACGGCGUGGUGAACGGACUGUCGUACAACACUGACGGAUCCGGGUCGCUUUUGCGGUUCGAGAUGGUUGGACUUCCUGGGUCGCAGAACAUGAAUUGCACGGGACGGCUGGGAAGUGUGCUGCUGGAGAGCUCGCAGAUCGCCAACACGUUGGUCGGAUACAUGUUGCACAACAAUCUAAUUGUUGGAACACAGGACUAUCGAGACGAGUUGCUUAAACGGUACGAAAACCUGAGUGUUCAUUUGCACGUUCCGGAAGGAGCGAUUUCGAAAGACGGGCCGUCUGCCGGAAUCACCAUGACAUUGUGUUUGUUGUCGCUUGUUUUGCAACGCAAGGUGCCGGAUAAUCUGGCCAUGACGGGUGAAAUCACCCUGACAGGAAAAGUGCUGCCGAUCGGCGGGGUGCGCGAGAAACUACUGGGUGCACACCUGGCCGGAAAGGUGGACCGGGUGCUACUUCCACGACAGAACCGCAAAGAUGUGAUUGAAGACUAUAUCUACAACAUGAAGGACCGCACGUUUGCCAAAGAGCUGAUGGCCAAGCUUCUGGAACAGGAGGAGCAGCUGCUGCCUGCCGGGGACGCUGUUUUUGGCGAGCCCGAGAAAUGGGUCCAGGACAGCCUGGGGCUGGAGAUUGUGUAUGUUGGCGACUUCAGCGACGUGCUGGCGCGGGUGUGGUCGGGCGAUGUUGCUGUGAGCGGUGCCGUUCGCGAGGCACGGAUGUAG